AUGACCACUGCUUUUCCCUAUUUUCUCUUUCCUUGGUCCCCAUUCUUUUCUCAUGAUGUCGUCACAGUUUACACCCUCGGUUCUAGUCCACCUGUUGCUAUUCUUGUUAAUGCUCCUACUCCCUUUCUAGUUUUAUUGUUAAUGCCGUUUUCCUUCUUACGUGUUUCUGAUCUAUCUAUCUAUCUAUCUAUCUAUCUAUCUAUCUAUCUAUGUCAUCUAUCUUUCUAUGUUUAUAUGUAUCUAUCUUCAUUCUAUUUAUAUCUAUCUAUAUCAUUCUGUCUAUCUAUCUAUCUAUCUAUCUCAUCUGUCUAUUCAUCUAUCUAUCUAUAUCAUUCUGUUCAUAUCUAUAUCUAUCUAUUCUGUUUAUAUGUAUCUAUGUAUCCAUGUAUCUAUCACAUCUAUUUAUAUCUAUCUAUCUGUCAUAUCUAUCUAUAUCAUUCUGUUCAUAUCUAUAUAUCUAUCACAGUGUUCAUAUCUAUCUAUCUAUCUAUCUAUCUAUCAUUCUGUUCAUAUCUAUAUAUCUAUCUCAUUCUGUUUAUAUGUAUGUAUCUGUAUCCCAUGUAUGUAUCAUCUAUCUAUCAUUCAUAUCUAUCACAGUCUGUUCAUAUCAUUCAUCUAUCUAUCUAUUCAUCUAUCACAUUGUUCAAUCUAUCUAUCUAUCUAUCUAUCUAUCUAUCUCAUUCUGUUCAUAUCUAUAUAUCUAUCUCAUUCUGUUCAUAUCUAUCUAUCUAUAUAUCUAUAUCAUUCUGUUCAUAUCUAUCUAUCUAUCUAUCUAUCUAUCUAUCUAUCUAUAUCAUUCUGUUCAUAUCUAUAUAUCUAUCUCAUUCUGUUCAUAUCUAUCUAUCUAUCUAUCUAUCUAUCUAUCUAUCUAUCUAUCUCAUUCUGUUCAUAUCUAUAUAUCUACCUCAUUCUGUUCAUAUCUAUCUAUCUAUCUAUUUCAGUCUAUUUAUAUCUAUCUAUCUCAGUCGCUUCAUAUCUAUCAAUGUAUUUAUCAUAUCUAUCGCUUCAUAUCUAUCAAUAUAUUUAUCCCAGUCUCUUCAUCUAUCUAUCUAUCUAUCUAUCUAUCUAUCUAUCUAUCUAUGUCAGUCUGUUUCUAUCUAUUUAUCUAUUUCUAUCUAUCUAUCUAUCUAUCUCAGUCUGUUCAUAUCUAUAUAUCUAUCUCAUUCUGUUCAUAUCUAUCUAUCUAUCUAUCUAUCUAUCUAUCUAUCUAUCUAUCUAUCUAUCUAUCUAUCUAAGAUAGUAAUCUUUCCACCUUUCACGCUAGUUACCAUUAUAACUAGUGUCAAAGCCCGGCACCUCCCACCGAUCUGUUCGAAUGUUCCGUGA